GGAGCGAGUACCAGUCUACCGCAACAUGACAACAACGGUGAAAGCUGGAAAUAUUAUGCGACAAAACUAAAAAUGUUUGCAUUACAAAAAGUUUGGGAUUUUACUAAACGGCAUAGAAGGAAAUUAAUCUUUACUGGAGCGGUUGCCGGAGGUCUGGUAGCACUUGCAAGAUUGGCAAAAUGGAGACUAGAGGAAUGGCAGAAGAAAGAAGCCGAGGAGUCACUGAGACAAGCCAAAAAGCAACAUCAUUUUGACAACAACCAACGAACUUGCAACAUAACAGCGCUGUCAUUGUUGCCUAAUCUAAGGCAGAGGUUAGGGUUCUUACUGGACACAGACCUGCUAACCAAUCUGCUAAAGCAAUCGCCAGAUAAUAAAAUUGAAAUCUGGGAGGAGUUGAAAAUCAAAAGCUUUGCGAGGACGAUCAGCGCCAUCUAUGGUGUAUCGCUGCUCUUCAUUGUAUUGCGGGUACAGCUGAAUAUCCUCGGUGGUUACAUGUAUGUCGACAGUCUAACCACCAGCGACAGCUCUGAGUUGGAGGAAGGACUGUUGUUGGCCCCACCUUCGCUACAGAAGAAAUUUCUGGUAUUGAUUGAGUAUCUGCUGGGAAAAGGUGUAGAGGAUUUGACGGACAGGGUACGGUCAGCUGUUGCCACAGUGGUGGGCAGCCUAUCCCUGAAGGAACAGCUAACUCUCAGGCACACUGAGGAAAUCCUUGCUGACGUGAGGAAUGAGAUGGAGUUCCAUCCGAUUCAGAAUGGCUGCGAAGAGAUGGCGCCAGUUAAUUUUAUAGAUUUCGUCCUUCCGACAGCAGAUGAAAAUGAAGAGGCAAGCGACGAUGCUAGCAGUGACGAUGUGCUGCUGAAGAGAAUCACUACAGAUUUGAGAGACGUUCUAGAUAGUUCGGAUUUCCGGAAGGUUCUGACGGCGUGUGUUGGCCGCGGAUUUAGCCACCUUCUCGGCUGCAUGGCACAGUUCUUCCGGCCAGCUAAUGCAAGUUCUGCCGGCCAGAGUGACACGAUCAUUGUGAAUGCCAACGACGUCUCGAUGCCUCUUGCCAAAAUCAUUCCCAUUGUUAACGGACUUGUGAACACUGUGUGUACGGAUCACCAGGCUGGGCCAUUGAUAAAGCGACUGCUGCUCAUCGAAUCGAUGAAUGACUUUGCGGCAAACAUCUACGAGACGUUCAGUGAGCCACCGAUUCUUACGGCGUCGUAGCACUGUACAGCGUACAGCGUGAAGAUGCUUACUCCUGCGUGAUGGAGCAGCACAAGUGGGCCUGCAGUUUGACACACUUAGAGUAGUCGGCACAACACGUCAACUUUCGUAGCUACUUGUUUUAGUAGUAAUAUUUGAAAAUGUUAUUUGUGGGGCAGAUAAAAUCAGUAGUUAAUAAUAAUAGAUCUUUUAUUAGUCACUCCUGAUAAAAAAUUGCUUUUGCUGAGCUGUCCGCUGGAUUUUGAUUAGAUGUACGAUUUUAUUGCCGGUAUAUUGACCAAUACCGUUUAUAAUGUCAUUCGAUUGUACUAUUAAUAUGUAAAUAAUCUGUAAUAAUGAGGAUUAAAAUUCGCAUUUAAAAAAAAUA